GCAGGCAGCUGUUACACUGUAACAGUCACCAGGUCACGUGGGCCUAUUACUUAGUCAAACCGAGGGCGAGGAUUCCGAGGUCCUUGAAUGCACCACAAACAGCGCAGAGUCCGAGUGAGCCGCUGAAAGUCAGAUCUGUUCUUCAAAGCAGACUUUCAGCUUUAUUUCAGCUUAAAUGUAAUCUGAUGUAGUCAGUAUUUACAGUCAGGCUCUGUUAUUGACUGAAAACAGCGACAGACUCAGACAUUUAGAACAAACUAAGAGUCGGAUCAGCACAAAUACUGACACAGAGAUGGCUGCUGGCACUGCGCUGCUCUGCUGCACUUUGCUGUUUGUCCAUGUCUUCGUCCCUGCAGGACCAAAGAUCAUUACAGCUGAGUCUGGACAGAACAUGACUCUGACAUGUCGAGCUCCAAAUAUCAGCAUCACGGGUGUAAAGUGGAUCAGAGCUGACCUGUGGCCAAAAAAUGUGCUUUUGUACCGUGAUAGUCAUUUUAUUCCAGACAACCAGCAUCCAUCUUUUAAGAACCGGGUGGAUCUGCAGGACAGACAGAUGAAGGAUGGAGACGUGUCUUUGAUUCUGAAGGGUGUGACGACUACUGACACUGGAACAUACAUGUGUCGUGUCAUCAUAGAAGAAAGACAGUCACUGAAGCUCAGCAUCAUCCACCUGAUUGUUGAUCCAGACCAGAAAAUCAUCACAGCUGUGCCUGGACAGGACGUCACUCUGACAUGUCGAGCUCCAAACAGUGAGAUCAGAGUUGUAGAGUGGAGCAGAGCUGACCUGGGAGACAAAUAUGUGCUUUUGCACUGGGAUGGUCACUUUGUUCCAGACAACCAGCAUCUAUCUUUUAAGAACCGGAUGGAUCUGCAGGACAGACAGAUGAAGGAUGGAGACGUGUCUUUGAUUCUGAAGGAUGUGACGAUUAAUGAUGCUGGAACAUACGAGUGUCGUGUCUACAUGGGAAGAGAAACAGACUCAUGGGAAUUCAUCAGCAUCAUCUUCCUGAGAGUUCCUCCAGACAAACACACCAUUUUUCUUCUCUCUGUGCUGUUGCCCAUUGGGUCAGUCUAUGUUGUGGUUCUGCUGGUGAGACGAUGUGUUCACAGGAAACUUGAAGAUGGAGAAGAUGACAUCACCAGUGACAUCACAUACAGUGUUGUGAAAUCAUCAAAUCAUCAACAACCUCGAAUCGGAGAUAGAGAGACUGAUUCAGCUGUGAUCUACUCAGCAGUGAGAAGUGAAGAUGUCAGUUAUGGACAAACAACCAUCAGAACAAGGAGGCCCAGGUGCACUUUGGGACAACAAUGAGACAACCCUCAAAACAGGAAUGGAUUUACAGCUGGAGGUCACUGACAUGUUCCCUUCUCAUGUAUUCUGACAUUUUUAGCUAGUUUUGCAUUUGGUUAUGGUCAGAACUGUUAGGAUGAGACAACACCUGGACGUUACAGAGGUUACACAGAUUGUUCAAAUGACACACAGACACAGGUCAGACUGAAAGGAGGUAAUCAAUGUGUUUAGAGAUUCAACCAGCUCUGAUUAUAGCUGCAGAUGCUUCAGAGUCACUGCAGGAAGGUAGAAAUCUGUGUGGAGAGACAGGAGUAGGAAGUAAAGUGAGAAAAAACACACAAGAACAGAUUCUUUCAAAAUAAAACAGGAAGUGAUUAACUAUAGAGACGAGUAAACACAGAUGGGGAGACACAUAAAUACUUAAGAAAACCAAAGAAUCACCGCAGAGAGAAGAAAAAAAUAGAAACAAAGUGAAAAUAGAAACAUUCAGAAUAACAAUGAGUUCAAAGUGUGAGGAGGUCUGAUGGGAAUGACAGCAUUAAAGUAUGUUGUGGAAAUUUCUUAACAAAGCCUGCAGACACGAUGAGCGGUUAAAAACCCAACACUUUAUUUCCCAUGCAUGAGGAGAGACGUCAGUCAGGGGGCACUGAAAGUAGUCUCUAACAAUGAACAGUUCAGGUCCUUUUUAUACACAGUCACAGAACAAAAGGCUUUUACAGUUGCAGUUCACACCUUGGCUCUAAGCAGACAGACUCUCCGUCACCUGUGUGAAUCUCCCCCACUCUGGGGUCAAGUCUUCCUGUGUGAGCUUCCGUCUCCUGGGAGACAUUCACCAGUUUCUCACCGUCUGUCUCCCAGCGUGAAUGAGGUGUGAACCAGACAUACUAAACUAAGUAACAUGAAAGCAAGACAAUACAUUAAAGGACAAUACACUAAAGAGAAAUCCCACAGCAAGUAACAGCGUUACUUUUUUCGGUAACUAGUAAUCCAACUAAUUACUAUUUCUAUCGUUACAACACUGCUACCAUUAUUAAGAAGAAAAUGCAGACGGUUGAAGCUGUCUUCAGUUUACUGGGAGCAGGAAGGGGUGAAAAAAUCUCACAAGUGCUGCUGAUUGGCUGAGAAAGAGAAGUAGUCACGGUAAACCAAUCACAUGAGCAAUUUAAGAUAACAUAGCAACAAGAUGCUGUGUCAGCUGAAGACAACCCUGAUUCUCAAUUUUUGUGUAAAAAGUGUGGAUUUCAAACUGUUUACUAGUUUUUAAUUUGUGUUGAUCGGCCAUGUAAAACCAGCCUCAUGAUAAAAACCAUAUUUUUCCUGAAUAUCAUCGUUUUGUUUACUGCAGGACUUUUCUAAGGUAAGUACCGUAUUUCCCGGACUACAAAGCGCACCUGAAUAUUAGCCGCACAAGCUAAAAUCAGGGGAAAAUCCUGUUUUGUACAUACAUUAGCCGCACCUGACUAAAAGCCGCAGGUGUUUCAAUGUUUACUUAUCAUAUGUAAGAGAAUAUGCACAAAGGGAAUUGUCAGGAAAGAGAUGGCUGUUUGGAGACACAUCCCUUGUAUUAAUAUUUUGAAAAACAAGUUACGGGUACAUAUUUGCAUAACUUUUUAGGUAUAUGUACAAGUACUGGUAAUUACAAGUACGAAACAUGUACUGUGCUUCAUAAAUGAGUAACAAAUGUAAUACAUAACAAUAACCUACAGCACACCAGAAAAAUAGAUUCAGCCAACCUUUUAAGCUCAGGUGCAGUGACACGGCUUUAACAAGAAGAAAAGUCAGUCAUUCACCACCAUCUUCCUGCGCACUAAAACCACCAAAGUCCUCUUCUCCAGUGUCAGAUACAGGCUCAGGAUGGCUUCGUCAUCCACUCUCAGCUUCUUUCCUUCGUUGUCACUUUCAAAACCAAACAAAUCCUCGUUGUCAGUGUCUGAGUCGAACACCCUCAGAAGGGCUGUGGCGGUGUCCUCCUCUCCAUCAUGCAGCAGUCCAGCCCUUCGAAAUCCGUUAGUGAUCAUGGAUGUUUUCACACUUUUCCACGCUGUCAGAAUUCACUGGUGGAGUUGAACAUAACUUGCUUUUUGGCUAAGUUUAUCGCCGCUCGUCAUCCACGCCUCCCGCUGAACGCGUAGCGCUACUUUGAAGUUUGUUUUUCGCGCUACUUCGUACGGCACUGUUGCCUGGCGGAUGGACAUGUGACCAACAUACCACUCUUGAACCCCGAUACUGUGUGUUUGAUCACAUGCCCUUCCGCCAGGCAACGUAGUGCCAUACAACAGCGGAAAAAACAAAACAAAUCAUCUUACGAUAUCACAAAAAUCAUGGAAGUAGUAAUAUACCUAUAGCAUUUAAUUUAGCUAGUUUUAGGGGUAUUUUUCUUUAGGGCUCUGAAACACACAGAGGCUAAUAAUUUUAAACAGAAAGUUUUUUCCACCUUCUAAAAACACAUAUUCACACACAGCAUUUAAUUUAACUAGU